AUGAGUUUUCUCCGCAGGCUGUCCGCGCUCUCCCUGAGAGAUAGGGUGAAAAGUUUGGUCAUCCGGAAGGGGCUCAGAGAAGGUUGCACUAAGAGGAAACUGGAUGAGGACAUCCUGGAGAAACUACAUCUCCUGACGGGCCUAGAACACCUCAGGAUCCCAAAGAAAGAGCUGGAUGAAGUGGCUGAGGGGAGGGAAGUGUUGAACUGUAGCGAGAUAGAUGGCAUACUGGCAAAGUUCUACCUGGCACCAUCCUACGGACUUGAGUUCUGCAUCGGUUUCCCUGGGAACCUUAUGCGGGAGACCAGCUACUAUGGUUGCAUCAUCAACCGCUACGUCCUGCAUGUCAAUCUCUACUCAUCCAUUCUGUUUAUGGUCUGGCUGAGCAUGGAUCGCUAUUUGCUCAUCCGGCACCCGGCGCGGAACCACUUCCUGCUGAAGCCGCGGGCGGCGCUGGUCGUGACGGGGUUGAGCUGGCUUGCCGUCAACGUGGAGGUGAUCCCCAUGGUCGCCCUGAUGCUCCAGGACUUGCAGAGCGGAAACUGGAGUCGCUGCAAUGACUUUGCCAGCCUCCAGGGCGACGUCAGCGCUUUGGGCUAUAGCAUGGGGCUCACCUUAACUGGCUACAUCCUACCUCUCCUCGGACUUUGUGGUUUCUCCCACCGGAUUGGGAGACUACUGCAGACGCAGGAAAUGGCCUUUCAUCGCAGGACAGCACAGUACAAGCGAGCUCUCAGGGUCAUGGCUUCCGCAUCUGUCAUGUUUCUGGUUCUAUACACCCCAUACCACGUGAUGAGAAACAUCAGGAUUGCGUCCCGGCAGGCUUGGGCGGGGGUGCAAUUGUGUACAAAGAUGUACAUAGAGGGCCUCUACAUCUUGACUCGACCGUUGGCCUUCUUUCACAGCGUUAUCAACCCAGUCUUUUACUUCCUCAUGGGGGACAAGUUCAGAAAGUUCCUACUUGCAAAAUUCAGAAAGCUAGCCAGAAAAACAACCUAGCUAAGAGAACCGGCGUGAAGAACUGAAAGCAAAGCACAUAUUCAUACACUGUCUACUUUACCUACUGUACAUGGGCCUCGAAAGUGGCACCGCACAGUUGAAACUGCUGCAUUGCAUUAU